UCCCAGCAGCGGUCACACUGUUGGUUUGUUUUUAACGUGUUUCUGCAAUUUAAGGAUGAAUACAAUUCGUCCUUGCGGUUGCAAGGGCGUCCGCACCUGUUUGAGCUGCGAGCAGGACUUCCAGAUAGCGAAGCCCUCGCUGCGGGAGCAGUUCCAGCAGCUGGAUUCGUGGUCAUACUGCGUGCACUGCGAACUUUUGCAGCCUGGCUGGGAUACGACCAAGGUACAAGAUGCCCAUGGAGAACACAAAAAGGACGAGGGUCUGCCCCUGCCAGGAAUCCUGGUGCAGGAGGAAUUCCUCAGCGCUGAGGAGGGUUCCCAGCUCCUGGCCGACCUGGACGCCCUGCCCUGGGAUAUCUCGCAGAGCGGCCGGCGCAAACAGAACUUUGGGCCCAAAACGAACUUCAAGAAGCGCAAGCUUCAAGUGGGCUCCUUCGCUGGAUUCCCCAGAACUACGGAGUACGUGCAGCGGCGCUUUGAAGAGGUUCCACUGCUGCGUGGCUUUCAGACCAUUGAACAGUGCUCCCUGGAAUAUGAGCCCAGCAAGGGAGCCAGCAUAGAUCCGCAUGUGGACGACUGUUGGAUCUGGGGCGAGCGAGUGGUCACGGUAAACUGCCUCGGCGACGCCGUGCUCACCCUCACGCCGUACGAAGUCCAGCAGGCGGGCAAGUACAAUCUGGACUUGGUGGCUCACUACGAGCAGGAGUUGCUAGAGCCGUUGUUGACGGACGAACAGAUGGCCAAGUACGAGGGGAAGGUGCUGCGCAUACCAAUGCCAAACCUCUCCCUAAUUGUUUUGUUGGGUCCUGCGAGGUACCAGUUCGAGCAUUCCGUACUCCGCGAGGAUGUCAAGGAGCGACGCGUAUGCAUAGCCUACAGGGAGUUCACGCCCAUGUACAUCAAUGGAGAGGACCAACACAAGGGAGAUCCUGUGCGUGAAAAGUCCCAACUAUUUUGGGAAACAUAGUUUGAACUUGUGGAAAUAUUAAAUUGUAAAUACGCAUUAUA